AUGCAGGCCACCUUAGAUCAAAUCACCGACAUUUUCAGUGGCAUUACUGGGCGACAAAGCCCAAAAGUUAAGAGAUAUCUCGAUGGACUUACUUAUACUUCAGUAUACGAAAGCCUUGACAAGCUGCUCUCGUGGCAGCGACGAGGGGGCCUAGACAUGAGUGCAGUUUUCGAUACACAUUGCUUUACCAGCCCAAAUCAGCGACCUUGCUGGAAUGAAGAAUCGUUCAGAAAGCACGUCCGAUGUUCUUUUCCCGAGUCCGUAAUCCCAGACUUCACAGUCCGGCUCCUCUGGCGCAGCUUCGCCUACUACGCCUACCACCCCUUCCCAGGCCUCGAACAAGACGUUGACUUCGCAGCUUUUACACGGGCUAUAUUUUUCCUCGUCUAUCAAUGUGAUGAGUUGUUCGGAACGCAAGAAUUCGCUACCUCUGACAUGUUUUUUCUGCAUACGCCAUGGCGAUCUGAGGGAGGGGCAGAUUGGCGGCGGAUUCGCAUAGAACGACUUCUGAGAAGCAUCGACACGCCAUGCAGCAACGAUAUAGAAUUAAAUAGGAAUAAGACAGAGCCGAUUUUGCUUGACGCGAUGGACGUCCUGUGCGUUGUUAGUCCUGAGUUUAUUCAUUUUGGUCUUACGCCGGAACAGCUUGAAAUUGUGGCGAGACGGUUGCUCAAUGGAGCAAUGGUGCAGACGGAACUUACGAAGGGUAAUUUGGAGACUCUAAAGAGACUUUUGGAGAGGGUUGUGGUGAGAGAGGAAACGUGGGGGUUGUUUGGGAAGAAGUAUUGUUACGGUGAUAUUGCGGCAUGUGGCUCAAAAGACUCGAGCCAUCAGCGAGCGGACGAGUACUUAUUUCAAAGCGAUAUCAAAGAGCCGAUUUCAAUCGAAAACGCUAUUACGGGUCUGAACAUGCCGGACCUUGACUCGCGAUACUAUCAACUUUGGGCUAUUUUAUUCCAGCCUCCUAUGUUCGCCUCAGGAAAUGAAUCUACUCAAACGAUGGGAAAUACAAUAAUUGAGGCAGACGACAAGAAUAGAAUGGAAACGGAGAAGCAUCGAGGAUCCGUAGGUCUGAACCCUGAGGAUGGCGCUAGAGUCCUGAGCAAUGAUUUGAAAAAGCGAAUCCAGGGAUUUGGCUCUUUUUAG